AUGGCUACUUCCAGCUCGGUGAUUAGGAAAGGGAAGCUAGAUGAAUUACGACAUGAGAUAUUGUCGUACAAACCAGGCAAGGCUGUACCUUGUGAUGAUGACCGAGUGGUGUUUCCUGAUACGCUUGUUAUUGUUUUAAACGAAGAAAUUGUACGAGACUUUGCUAGGAAGGUCGGAUGUCACGUCCCUAUAUGUGUUAUGGAAACUACCGGGGAUAGUAAAGUCCUCGAGAAGGCAAAAAAUAAACUAAAAAAGCUCGGGGUCACUGACAUCUAUGACAUAGCUCCCGUUGAUGGCGAUCUCUCAGAUGAGAAACGGUUGCAGUGGCUUCACCUCCUCCAUGGAUGCCUAAAGAAGGGUGACGAAGGGAUAUCUGCUGACCUAAUACAGCUUUAUUCUUUACCCAGCUUUGAGCGGUUAUGGAACCAAGUGAAAGAAGCACAGACGAGACACGGAGAAGAAAUCAAAGAAGGAGAAGAAGCAAAGAAGUUACUCCGAGGUAGAAUUACAGACUUAGAGCAGGAACUCAACGAGUCCCGUGAAAGUCGAACAAGCAUAGUCAGUGAAAAUGGAAGACUACAAGAUACCAUAAAGGUUGAACAAGAAAGGCAUGAACAUAGUGAAAGGGCAAUGGUGGAAAACGAGAAAAGAGCAACACAGAUAAUGGAGACGUACAAGCAGAGGGAGAUGGAAUUUGAAGAGAAACUACAAUCAAAGGAUCUGCGUAUUGAAACAAUGGCUGAAAAAUUACAGGGGACAGAAAAGAAGGCAAGACGUCAAGUUGAACGACUAGAGACCGAAAACGAAGAAAUGAUGACGAAAUUAGUUUCUAAGCUAGAGGAGAAAGAGCGGAAGGAGACGACUCUAAGACAGCAAGUUGAAGAAUUAAAGAAAGGAAGAGAGGGAGACAGAGCAGGAGCUGAGAAAGAGAAGCGCUCACUGGCAAUUGCCAAUUGA